CCAAUACACAUUCGUAUAGUAAGUUCAUAACGUUCCCUCCAAAAACAAGUGUCGACCACGAGUAACAUUACGUUCAAAAAUAUUGUAAUAAAGAACAAAAAGUUAUCGUAAAACAUUGUAGAAUUUGUUAAAAUAUGCAUCUUAAGUUAAACCUGAUUGCCGCAGCAUGUGAAAAUAUGGGAAUCGGUAUGAACGGAGAUUUACCAUGGCGUCUGAAGAGUGAGAUGGCAUAUUUCUCUCGGAUGACAACAAUGACUAAGGAUCCGGCGAAGAAAAAUAUCGUCCUUAUGGGUAGAAGAACUUGGGAAUGUAUUCCAAAGAAGUAUAGACCGCUGCAGGGUAGAAUAAACGUCGUAUUAUCCAGCCAAUCACUAAAUCUUGGCGACGAUGCAAUUGUUUGUAAAAGCAUUCCCCACGUUAUUGAAAUGGUGUCUCAAUAUCCCUUGAAAGAUAAGGUUGAGAAGAUAUGGGUGAUAGGCGGUAGUUCGGUCUACAAGGCAUCGAUGGAUUCACCAAAUUUCUAUCGGCUAUAUUUGACUCGAAUCAAGAAACACUUUGAAUGCGACACAUUUUUCCCGCCGAUACCCAAUAAUUUUACUUUGGUCCAUGACGCUGAAGUACCAACCGAUACGCAGGAGGAGAACGGAAUUGAAUUCGAAUAUCAAAUCUAUGAGAAGAAAUAAAAAUUGCUUAACAAAAUGAAAAUUAUAUUUUUACACGAUAAAAUCUUCCCCAAACAUUUUAAAUAAAAAAUAUCAACUAAA